AUGAGCAUUUCACCUAGAUCCUCCAGCGUCACUGUGGUUGAUGAUGAUGACCUUCCUUCUUCUCCCAAGUAUGAGGCACAAAUCUUUAUGCUUGGCCAGUACUUCCAGCACGGAAAUUUGGCUGAAGCCGCUGAAAUUGCUGGAGUUCCUGAAGUUAUUGCCAAAAUAGCUGCUCAAAGAGAAAAAUCCCAAACUGAUAAAAUUCCCAUGGAACACGCCGAUAGAGAGGCGCUUAAGCGGAUCCUUGCGUCGCUCGACGAAGAUUCUGUCGACCCUAUAGUCGUGGACUUCUUGAGGGCUAACUGUGAGCCUUGGACCCCUGCAAACAUCUUUGAGUCUAGCUAG